UGACCGGUAUGAAAAUUGUUGGAGGAUAUAGUUGCUCUCGUUAGACUUGCAAGGGAAAGUCAGCGCUCCGGUCUGUAGAGGUCUCCAUCCUUCAGCAUCCUCCUACACUGCCGCUCUCCUCAUUGUGUGCGCAGAGUAGGGAAUCAGACGAGCCAAGCGCGCACAGAGCCUUAGAAGAGCCCGAGACAAGCAUCUUCACUAAAACCGCGAGGAACUUUUAAUGUAACGGCUAUUUUAACGGAAUCGAAGAGAAGAAAGCCCAGCAUUUUUUUUUAAAGAUCUGGCCAUUCGAAUGGCGUGAGACAUGUCGCCCGCGGACGCAGUUAAAAGCAAAGGUCCAUUUCUUUUUCCCCCUGAAUUUCUCCUGGACUGCUCCGCUAUGAGUGUGCAUUUCUGUGACUCAAAUGCAUUUUAAGGGAGUCAGAACAGAUUCCUUUCGGCUUGCUAGUUUGGGAUUUUCUGUCGAAGUGGCUACCGUCAUGUCUGGAACAUUUCGUUCAUUGUUUUUAGUCCUGCUGAGCCUGCUGGCGGCCUGGGCGCAGACGGAGAUGAAGAGGGUGGUGGGGGACAACGCAACCCUGCCCUGCCACCAUCAGUUCUGGGGUCCCGAAUCCCAAACACUGGACAUCGAGUGGCUCCUGCAGAAACCCAACUCAAAGCAGAGAGUGGUGAUCACAUACUUUGGGGGUAAAGUGUACGACCCCAUCGAGAACCAGCAGAGUCGGCUUUCCUUUGCGGGGGACUACCUGAAGGGCGACGCCUCCCUGCUCAUCGGCGACCUCAUGCUGACUGACUCUGGGGAGUACAGCUGCAAGGUGAAGACCGGGGGCAAGUACCACUGGAGCACAGUCGACCUCAUCGUGCUGGUGAAGCCCUCAAAGCCCCGCUGCUGGAUGGAAGGCCGGCUCCUGGAGGGCAGCAGCGUGAAGCUGAGCUGCAAGUCGGCCGACGGCUCAGACCCCAUCCAGUACAGGUGGGACAGGGUGCUGGACAAGGGCAAGAGUGUGGGGAAGCUGCCCGCUCAGGCGCGCAUAGAUUUGAAGAACCCUGAGAUUGUCACCCUGCAGAAUUUGACACAGGAGAGCUCAGGUGUCUACAGGUGCACGGCCAGCAAUGACGUCGGCGAGGAGAACUGCCUCAUUGAGGUCACCAUGCACUACGUGCGGGGUAUAGGUGUGGUGGCGGGGGCGGUGGUGGGCGUGUCCUUCGGGGUGAGCCUCAUCAUCCUCAUCAUCUGGCUGGUCUUCCGCAAGAAGGAGAAGAAGAAGUAUGAGGAGGAUGAGACGGCUAACGAGAUCAGGGAGGAUGCUGAGGCUCCGAAGGCCAAGCUGGUGAAGCCCAACUCGCUCUCCUCGUCCCGCUCGGGCAGCUCCCGCUCCGGCGCCUCCUCCACCCAGUCCAUGGUGCACAACAGCGCCCCCCGGGGGCACCGCCCCCGCCCGCCCGCCGUGACCGCCCUCAAGGAGAACGGCCAGCCCCCGAGCUUCCCCCAGUCGCCCCCGGCCUACGCGCAGGUGGUGCCCAAGACCCCCGAGCCCAGCACCCCCAAACUCAGCCCCGGCAACCUGACCAGGAUGGGGGCUACGCCCGUCAUGAUCCCUGCACAGUCCAAGGCAUUUCAGACUGUGUAGGGAGAAGAGGGGUCACCCCAACACGCCCCCCCCAACACCCGCCCGACCCCCUGGCCUGUCCACAUGUCCAAAGCAAAACAGACCAUUGAACAAACUACACUGAAUUAUAACAAAACAAAAGGGAUGUAAUUACAAGGAAUCAAUAAUUAAUAACAAAAGAAAAAAAACAAAAACUGUUUUUAAAAGGUUAAAUAAAUGCAUAUAAAAAAGGGACAAUUGGAUGUGCUUGCCCCUUCUGAAUUUAAAGAAUGAAUAAAUAACGUAAUUAAUGAAUUCAAUGAAACUAGGCAAGAAUAAAGAUGUUUUCUCUGCCUUUCUCUCGUCAGAGGCAGAACUUUCUUUUUUCAUGUGUUUGGUUUUACUUCUGAAGACGCGGGAAGGAAUGUGCGCUCUGGGGGGAGAUGAAGCCAGGAGGAGGUAGAAGGGAGCCACGCCCCACUUUCUGAUGCUCCGCCUCCGGGUAAGGCAGAAACGGGGAAGGGUUUUUAAACCGGGCGUAACGGAUGGCAAUGGCGGACGAGCAAAGAGUGGAGCGGGGAGGUCCCCAGAGAAAGAACACAGUGUCCCGCCACUUUCUGAGGCCACCUGAGCGUCUGACCCAAUCACGCUCGCCACCGCCCCUCCCCGCCCACUGUUGGCCCGAGCGCAGGAGCCGGAGACUGCAGGGAUGGCAGGAGCGAAUCGUUUGAGGUAGUCUCCCCCGUCUUCCUGUGUGGGGUCUACUGCUCCUUGGACGUGAGGCUUCGGGCAUAUGUGGAUUUUGGAAGAGGUGUAAAGAAUAACUUGGUGCACGCAUUUCAAAAGCCUCCUCUUAGGACCUCAGGUCUGCAGGACUGCAGGUUGCGCCUCCUUUCGGUGUCUCCAGCACCUCCUUUUUUUCCUGGAUGCCCAACACUAUAUGAAAUACCCUCCCCAUACUAACUCGUAUUUUUAGGGAGCAUGUAGCAUCUGUAUAAAUACUUUGCUUACCUGACACUGCUGGUGGACUACAUUGAGUAAAAAAUGUAUGUUUAUUAGGAGGAAAAGGGAGCCUUUUUGUUCUAAUCUUCGAUCUUGUUCAGUGGGGAAUCUCAAGAGAUUUUUUAAGGAUGUUAUGCAGUUGCAUGGCAACUGCAUCAUACUGAAGUGCCACAAAGCCUCUGGAUGUUGAAGUUGGUUCUUUUCUUUUUUUAAGGCUUUUUAAUUACUUAAACUUUUUUGUAAAGUUACUGAAACCAAAAUCUGUCAAACAAAAGCUACGAAUGUGUGUUGUACAAAAAACAGAGAUGGUCAUUACCUAUUUUUCUUUAUUUCUCGGUGCAGAAUGGAUUUCUAAUGGCAACAUGUAGACACAAUGUAGAUCUUGAGCUCAAUUAAACAAUCAGGUGGGUCACUGAAUGGUAAGCGAAUACGGACUUGUGUAUAGUUCUCACUGAGAUGCACUGCAGAAUAACUACUCUAGUCACAUGCAGAGGCAGUGGAUUUCCUCACGUUACCAUCCCAUUGUGUUGCCUAGAGGUGUCCCAUGUGACCAGCAUUGAUACAUCAUUUAUCUCUUGUUUCUACUUCAAAGAGCCUGUGCAACAUGAAAGCAACUUUUGAAAAGGACAAGUAUUGCCUGUUUUGGUGUGCCUUUGCAAUCCCAUCUUCUUUGAUAAUUUUUUUCCUCUGCUCUUACUGUGUAUCAAAAAAGAAGCAAAAAGAAUCACUUAUAAUUAGUAACAGAGUUUCAGCGGCUGACUGAUGCAAAGGAUGCUGGGAGCAAACACAUCCAUUGAGGACAUAUGCAAAUGAAUAACCGGCUGCAUCAACACAAUGAGAUCGUAAUUUGGGCAGUGGAAAUUCACUCUGUAGUUGCACUCUUGUUUGAUAUUGUACAUACAAUAGAUAGAUAUGCAUUUCCAAUGUCUUUUAAUUUUGCAAGGAAAGUGGCUGAAGUGCAGAGGCAUCUAUAAAUGGAGAGAAAGCACUACUCUUUGGUAUGCGUUUUUGUUUUUUUUUUACCAGAGAUGCCACAUUUAUUAGUGGUAUCCAGUUCUCUGGCCAGGACCACGCUCUCUGUCCCUGUCUGACACGUGCAACCUAAGCAACUCAAGUGAGAUGGCACGGGUGUUGACAUUCAGAUUUCCCUUUUUUUUUGGACCAACACGCUUUUUGAAAUCAAGUUAUUUUGACGGGGUGUCGAUAUUGAAUAUGAGAUGCGCAGAUGAGUCAGCAGAAUAUGCAUAUUGGUCUCGUGCUGUGGAGGUACCUCACCAGCAUGCUGGUGUUCUGACAAAUCAGACGAGGCGAGGCUGCAUUCUGUAUUAGCCAAUGGGGUUUACAGGGGCAAAAAACAAGAAGGGGUGACAAGGGAAUUGUAAUAGUCCAGGGCUUCAAAACAGUAGGUAGUUUGAUUUUGGAAAUG